AUGUCGUACGUUCUCAGGCCCAUCUAUCGGCUUCCCUCACGAACCGACACUGACCUUGUGCCUCUCGUUCCAUCUUGUCAGCUACCGAGGAGGAGGUGCUUCUCAUCUCGCAUCGAUCUGUAAGCACCACUUGCGCUGCCACUCCGCUCUUUGCACCGACCACCACCUUGUGCACGCGCUGACCAAGCUUGACCCCUACUCACUCGCACUUGCCACUACAGACGGAUCAGAGCAGGACAAAGUAAACUGUUCAUUGUGAGCUACAGCCAUCCGAUUAUGCUCUCCUUCCUCCCCGUCAUGUGCUGACUCGUGCGCGACCUCUCUUUCUCUCUCUUUCCAGCUACCUCAAGAUCGGUGCAUGCCGCCACGGCGAACGAUGCUCGCGCAAACACAUCAAGCCCCAAUUCUCCCAGACCAUGGUCGUCUACAACAUGUAUCAGAACCCGGCCAUUGCGCAGGGGUCGUCGAGCAACCCGCAUCUCAGGCCCCCGGGUUCAGCACCCCUCGACCCCAACCCUAAAUCCGACCUGAGCGAGGAGCAGCUCCAAGACUUCUUUGACAAGUUUUGUGAGUACAGACGAACGUUCAUCUUGGCGUUGAUGGCCUCUUUUGCAUGCAGGCGAGCACGUAUGCUUAAUCGUCCGCGAUCCCCCCCCCUCGCAUUCCACUCCCUUCCACAGACGAGGACGUCUACUGCGAAUUCGUCAAGUACGGCAACCUGCUCGAGAUGCACGUCUGCGACAACGUCGGCGACCACCUGAUCGGUAACGUUUACGCCCGCUUCGACUGGGAGGACGAGGCCCAAGCCGCGGUCGAGGCGCUCAACACGAGGUGGUACGCCGGUAGACCGCUCGUUGCCGAACUCAGUCCCGUCACCGACUUUAGGGAGGCGUGCUGCCGGCAGAACGAUUUGGGCAACUGUGAUCGAGGUGAGAAAUACGGCGCAAAGAAACCCGAGCCACGUUAGAGGGCUCGAGUGCUGAUUUCAUUUUCUUCUCACCUCUUCCCAGGCGGUUUCUGCAACUUUAUGCAUUUGCGACACCCUUCCAAAUCACUCUUACGGGAACUUCAACGGGAGCAAAGGCAAGAACGGAUCGAGAACCCGGACCCCAAGGAGGAAGAGAGGCGUAAGGAGAUGGAGAUGUUCGGAGGCGCAGGCGGGGGAGGAGGUGACGGAGAUGAUUAUGGGAGAUCACCACCUCGAGGUGGGUCGAGGAGGUAUUAA